CCAGGGGAGCUAUAGGGAAAAAUCUUUGUAGUCCUCUGAGUAGUAGAGGGUGGAACUUUGAGAGCUCCAGAGAAGCCACUGGGGUGGAGUAUGCUCUGGUGGUGAGCCUUGGCCUGGACCUCCAGGGAAGAAACCUAGGAAAGGCUUCAGCUGCAGAGGAACUUCAGGAGGGAGCCCUGAUGGGAGAAGGCAGCAAAGGUGAAGGAGACUCCUGAAGUGGGCCUGAGAGACCAUCAACUGACAGGCAGAUGCCUGGAGGUAGAUGGAAGUGGAGGAUCCAGAGUAGAAACAAGACUCCAUGAAGGCCCUGCCACUGCCAGAGGCGGAAGUGCUAAGUUGAGGGAGAUGGAGGAGGUGCUUUGCCACAGGGACAGUGAUACCCAGGAAGGUGAGAGACUUCACACUGAUCUGGCUGGAGGGCUGUGUAAUGAGAAGCGGCUGGAGCGCCCAUUGGUGGAGGGUCUUGAUGAGGCAAGCCUGCCAGGCCACAGGAACGUACUGGGGGCACAGGUUCCCAGCUUCCUAGGAAAUCCUCUGGAUGGUGAGGAGCUGAUUUGAAAGAAGAAUAAUAAUAAUAAUACAAGGAUACAGCUGGGCCCUGUUUGCUUUUCCUGGUUUUUGUGUGUGAAGAUGCUGUCCUACAGCGUGCUGGAUGCAAAUGUGGUGGAUGUGGAGAAAAGGAGAAACCCUUCUAAGCACUAUGUAUAUAUCAUAAAUGUAACAUGGUCUGACUCAACUUCCCAGAUCAUCUACCGGAGAUACAGCAAAUUCUUUGACCUGCAGAUGCAGCUUCUGGAUAAAUUCCCCAUUGAAGGAGGCCAGAAAGACCCCAAGCAGAGGAUCAUCCCUUUUCUACCAGGUAAAAUCCUGUUUCGGAGGAGUCAUAUUCGAGAUGUAGCUGUGAAGAGACUGAAGCCCAUUGACGAAUAUUGCAGGGCACUCGUCAGGCUUCCUCCUCACAUUUCACAGUGUGAUGAAGUCUUUAGGUUCUUUGAGGCUCGACCAGAGGACAUUAACCCUCCGAAGGAGGAAUAUGGAUCCUCAAAAAGAAAAUCAGUUUGGGUGUCCAGCUUCUCUGAGACUCCAAGGAAGGAUGUUACAGGUGCUGAUGCUAGUUCUGAAACCCAUGAUCCUGGGCAAUAUGUGGUGGUGUCCAGCUAUGAGAAAAGGAGAAACUCUGAGAUCAGCCUUCGUGGGGAAGUCGUGGACGUAAAUAGAGAAAACGAAAGCGGUUGGUGGUUUGUGAGCACAGCAGAGGAACAGGGCUGGGUCCCUGCCACAUACCUGGAAUCCCAAAAUGGCACUAGAGAUGAUUCAGAAAUUAACACAUCCAAAGCUGGGGAAGUUUCUAAGCGACGCAAGGCUCACCUGAGGCGCCUGGACCGGCGAUGGACGCUGGGCGGGAUAGUCAACAGGCAGCAGAGUCGAGAAGAGAAAUAUGUCACAAUCCAACCGUACACCAGCCAAGGGAAGGAUGAGAUUGGGUUUGAAAAAGGGGUCACCGUGGAGGUCAUCCAAAAGAACCUGGAAGGAUGGUGGUACAUCAGGCAUCUAGGUAAAGAAGGCUGGGCCCCAGCAUCAUACCUGAAGAAGGCUAAAGAUGAUCUUCCAUCUAGGAAAAAGAACUUAACUGGGCCAGUGGAAAUUAUAGGCAACAUCAUGGAGAUCAGUAACCUGCUGAACAAGAAACCAUCCAGCGACAAGGAAACCCAAGCAGAAAACGAAAUGGUGGAAUCCCACAUCACAAAGAAAGAAAUUAGUUUGCCCAUCCUGUGCAAUGACUCUAAUGGCAAUGCCAUGAUGACCUCAGACAAGCAGGCUUCGAAACUGGCUCAGGGAUCCCCUGCUGUAGCGAGGAUCGCACCACAAAGAGCUCAAAUAAGCUCUCCAAAUCUAAGAACUAGGCCUCCACCUCGGAGAGAAUCCAGUCUGGGCUUCCAGUUGCCUAAACCACCUGAGCCUCCAUCAGUGGAAGUGGAAUAUUACACUAUUGCAGAAUUCCAGUCUUGUAUUUCUGAUGGAAUAAGCUUUCGUGGAGGACAAAAGGCAGAGGUUAUUGAUAAGAACUCUGGUGGCUGGUGGUAUGUACAGAUUGGAGAGAAAGAAGGGUGGGCUCCAGCAUCUUACAUUGAUAAAAGGAAGAAGCCCAAUUUAAACAGAAGAACCAGUACUCUAACCCGACCCAAGGUCCCUCCCCCAGCACCUCCCAGUAAACCAAAAGACACGGAAGAAGGAACUGCUCCUGGGACUGUUUCAUCAGGAGAAGCCCAGGACUCCCCACAAAAGCUCAGAUAUGAAGAACCAGAGUAUGAUGUGCCUGCCUUUGGCUUUGAUGCAGAGUCUGAGGUGAAUGAAAGCCAUGGAGAUGAUAGUUCCUUGGAAAAACGUCUGUUUCAGCCACUCAAGCCGUCCCCUGUCUCAUCCCUGCAGAGGGCAAAGUUCAGAGUUGGCGAGUCUUCAGAGGACGUUGCUCGUGAAGAAGAGAUCAUCUAUGAAAAUGAGGGAUUCAGACCAUAUGUGGAGGACAUUUCGUCAUGUAAAGAAUCUAGCGGAGAUUCGGAUUCCCAAAAAAGCUCCUCUCUCUCUCUAAUCCGAAGAAACUCUCCAUGCUCCAGUUCUCCCAAAUCAUCGCUCCUGAAGCUCAAAUCUGACAAAAGCAUUCAGCCCGAUCUUGGAAAAUGUCACUACUCCAGGAGUGACGAGAUAAAACCCAGAUCAGCCUCAGAUGUUGGCUUACGUAGCAUGCCAAGAACAAGUGCGAAGAAGGAGCCUGGACAGAGCCCCUCAACCAAAGCAAAGCCAAUGGUUAGACCUAAACCCUUCCUCAAUAAGGCAGAUUCUCAGAGCCAAGAAAAAAUGGAUAUCAGCACUUUAAGGCGUCAGUUGAGGCCAACUGGGCAGCUCAGAGGUGGACUUCAAGGUUCGAGAAGUGAAGAGUCUGAAAGCCCUCCACAAAUAGUUCCUGAGAUCCAAGGCGACUCCCUUAGAAGAAGCUCCACAGAUCUCAUUACAUCUCCUUCCCAUGCCAUUUUCUGCUCUAACCAUUCAGCCAAGACAGAGCAAGAGAAUGAGACAAAAUGUUUGUAUGUAACCACUGACUCUUACCAAAAGGUUCAGGAUUCUGAACUCUGCUUCCCAGCAGGAGUGGAAGUGGAAGUGUUGGAAAAGCAAGCCAGCGGAUGGUGGUACAUGAAGUAUGGAGAUAUGGAAGGGUGGGCUCCUUCCCACUACCUGGUACUUGCCGAUAACCAACGACGAGAAGCCUCAGAGACCGACAUCUCGCUGGCCAGGAACAGAAGAAAUGAAAGCAAGUCAAAUAGUUUGGAGAAAAUAGAGAAAAGAGUUCAGGCUUUGAACACCAUCAACCAGAGCAAAAGAGCAAUGCCCCCCAUUCCAAGCAAACCUCCUGGUGGCUUUUCCAAAACUUCAGGGGCUGUGAAAAUGAGGAAUGGAGUGAGACAGUUAGCAGUGAGGCCACAGUCUGUGUUCGUUUCCCCGCCCCCAAAGGAUAAUAACCUGUCAUGCUCCCUGCGCAGGAACGAAUCCUUAACUACUACAGACCACCUAAGGGCUGUCCGCCGGAAUUCCUCUUUCAGCAGUGCGCGAUCACAGCCCGGUGACUUGAAGACAAAGCAGGCUGAUCAAUCAGGCAUAGAGGGAUUGGAGACAACCUGCAAUCUAUCCACUCAGCACAAUGGAAUCCCGGUGUCCACUGUCCGGCCAAAGCCCCUUGAAAAAUCCCAGUUCAUUCACAACAACCUCAAGGAUAUCUAUGUUUCCAUUGCAGACUAUGAGGGGGAUGAGGAGACGGCAGGGUUUCAGGAAGGUGUCUGCAUGGAGGUCCUGGAAAGAAACCCAAAUGGUUGGUGGUACUGUCAGAUCAUGGAUGGUGGGAAACCAUUUAAAGGCUGGGUGCCCUCAAAUUAUUUGGAGAAAAAAAAUUAAUGUUGCAAUAUCUUUAAAUUCCCUAAUUUAUACUGUUCCUGCUGUGUACAUCUGGAAAAAAUGCUACACCCACAAAAUUUUUUUCCCGUGCUCUAGUUUGUGCAAAGGGACUGACUGAUUAAGCUAUGCUGUGUUUGCAGAGCUUUAUGGGGUUAACAUGGCCUGAAGGAAAUUUAAGCAAAGAAAAAGAAGAUACCGCAUAGUCAAAUUUUUGGGAAGCUGUUGUUAAUCUGUGUGUAACAGGGUAUGAUAUCCCAUCUUUCCUGUUGUUAAUGGUAGGAAACCAAAUGUGUGCCUUUGCGAGAGAUACAAACUGAUGCAUCCACUUGAGGAAAUCUUUGGGGGGAGUUUAGUGCCAAAUUUAAACAUUUUAGAAUCUCUGCUUCCUCUCAUCUCCACAUGGAAUAUCCAGAAGUUUUGAAUGUGUUUUCACAACUUUUAACUGUGCAAAGUGAGUUGGAAUUUGAUUCUAAAAUACAGAGGAGAACCCCAGCUCCUUCUAGAAGCUCAGAUUUUUCACUCUUAACAGUCAGUUUCAGCGUUGGAGCCUUUUCAUCGUGGAGAGAUUUGGUCUCUGACUUCAACCGCGGUUUGUCAUUAUUACUAAACCUCAGAAAUGACAUUCAGCAGGCGCUGGGGUUUGGUUUGUUUUGUUUUUUUUGCUGCCUUUUGUUCUCUCUCUGGGAUCUUGAUCUGAGACUCCAGGUGUUCUUAUGGCCUGUAGGGCUACCAGGUGCUUGCAAACACACCACAAAAACAAACCUAUGGACACAAUUUUGUGAACAAUGAUUACUUUAAAUACUCCUUGUUUAGUUCAGUAUGGUGACUCCUGCCAGGAGAUCCAGGUUGAUUCUCUUUCCUGAGCUGGGUUUUUCCAAAUUGUCACAAUUUUUAAAUAUUCAAAAUACCCUUGAGGCCUCAAAGAAGAAAAGCAAUCAAAUGUGUUACUCCUGUUUUCACUGUCCGAUACAAAUUGGAGCGCAUUCACAGGACCCACAAAGCUGUAAGUUAGAAACAGCCAUAACCUGUUGCAGCAUCAGUGUUUACAAAGGGAGCGGUGGAGAAGCCAUUGAAUUCAGUCUGCACAAUUUUAAUUUGUAUAUUUUGGGGGAGUUGUUUUUGUUUUUUUUUCCUGUGCAUUCUGGGUAUUUUUUUUAAUUGUGGAUUGGUUUACCAAAAAAGCCUUUUUUUCCUUCCUUUUAAGUGAAAACUAAAGUAGGAGUCAAUUUUGUGAUUGGAUUCCCACUUGAAUCCAAAAAGUACAUUUGUACUGCAAAGAACACAUGGGAUUUUCAAGCUCAAAGAGAGAUCUAAUAACAAAGCAAUUAGGGCUACAAUGUGACUAACCAAAAAACUGCCUCUCCCCCUCUUUCUCCCCUCCCACUUUUCCUUCAUGUUAUUUAUAACUUUAAUGCUUUAAAACGUGACACAUGGGUGGUGGGGCGGGGAAUAUACAACCCUUUGGAAAGGGCAUGGAUUACAGACAUGUUCCUGAGGUAGCCAGCUAUUGUACUGUAAGCAUCAGCCACUAUAAAUCCAUACUGUACUUGAGAAAGUCUUGCUUUUAGCAGUUUAAUGGGCUCAUUAACCAUUGAAGUGAAGAUCAAUAUCCAGUUUCUUUAAAUAAGAGGCAGCAUUUUUGUGUCCUGUUUUUAAAGGGGAAAAGUCAAUUAUUUCACUGCUGGUGUAUUACACACAAUGAUACAUGCCCUUUUAUUUUCCAGCCAAACUUCAUGCCAAUUAUCAUUUGGCAUUGGGAAGAUAAAGGGUCUGAUGAUUUAGUUAGCUGGAACCCAACCUGAUGUGGGGCCUAAAAUAGUACAGUAUUGAGUGUGUUAUAGGGAGUGUUUUCUCUGCCAAAAAAAAAAAAAAAUACACAAUUUAAAAGUUGUUCUCGUCUUUAUUUUUUUGUGAUUUGGGGUUUUUAAUUAAUCACUAUGAAAACUUAGAGGGAAAGAUGCCUACGGUUGACAUGACUGAUGCCCAUUUGCUAGCUGGAAAACCAUUACGUCGCAAUCAAAGGCUGUGAAUGGAGUUCUGUUGAAACAGUUAUGUCCACGAGUAAUGGUGGGGGAGGGUGUUCUACUCAGAUCCAACGUAAGUUGUGACGGGGAGGUGUAUCUACACUACAGCCCAUAUCAAAAUGUGUAGAGUCCUCUCUCUACCUUAUGUUUUACUAUAUAUAUGUAUAUACCCAGUUAACCACAUCUUACUGGAUGUCUGUCUGAGGCGCUGCAAUCCCAUCUCUCAUGCUUCUGUCCAUUUUUAGUUGUACUAAUAUGGUAGCAGUCAUUAAAGACUGCUGGAGCUGUUGUGAGAUUAUAAUAGAAGUAUUCUAUUCUUCUGCUGGACAGUAUUAAAUAGAGCAAUACAUAGUUAUCUGCUAGAUUGCAGUACUAACAGUAGUGACUUAGUGACUUGUGUAAUGUUGUUUUGAUUUACUUUAACAAUAAUGAUGCGGAAGUGGUUCAUUAUUUUGAAUUAAUGCACUUUAACAAUAAAAAAUCCAAAAUGGAAGUCAACACAGCAAACUAAGUGCAUUAUUUAAAGGUGCAGUAUAUAAUUGUUCAUUUUUUUAAAAACAUGUAUUUAUUAAAAUUAAUUUAUAAUUAUUUAAAAAUAUGCUAAAGUUUUGUUUUGACAGCACUUUCAUGCUGUCAUCUCCUGAGGAGACAAAAAAACACAGCUCCCAAUAUUUCUGCAUUGGGCCACUGAACUCUCAAAAUACAGAACAGCAUGACUUGAGUUCUUGCCAAGAGAAAGAGACACAUUUCUGAUUAGAGAGCAAUUUGGGACUAUUCAGAUUGUAUCCAACAAAGGAAAGGCCACAGAUGCAAAGAAUCUCUGAGUGGGAGGAGACCUCUGGUGGGGCCAUUGGAGCCUGCACUGGGACUAGAUUGAUUUCAUUAACUCUAAUUUUCCCCUUUCUACGUGGGUGGCAGGAUAGCUUUGAAGACCUUGUCGAGCCUGGGCCCUGAAUGAGGUUGUGGAAUUAGAGGUGAUCAAACCCCACUGUGACCUGGUGGUACUUACAGGCUCAGGCCAUUGGAAUCGGGGCCAUUGUUAAACUUUGUAACUAAAGUCAUUGUGUCGCAUUCCACCCUAUCUGCCAGUACACUAAAUACUUCCCACUGCACCUUAAACCAGAGAUGCUUGUUCUGUCCUAAUUGAGGGACUUGGUUUGGUCUUUGUGUACAUUGUGCCCAGCCAGUUAUCAACAGCACAGUUGGCUGUGGUGUAGAAUCUUUGAUAUCAACAAGGUACAAAAAAAAUCAGUACCUGCAAAUGCAGAUGUCUUGCACGGGUUUUCUCAAGCAUCAGUUCUGCUCAACAACUACUAAUGAUGAUUACUCCUGUGAAGCUUCUUUCAGAUUUUAUAGGAGAAGGCAGAGCUGAGCAGUUCAGAUUCUGUGUAACACAGCCCCCACCCCAUUUAAAAACUACACACGUACGCCCAACAGAAUGGAAAGUGACAAAUGCACUUGAAUCUAAAUGAGAGAGUUUGUGGAUCGGAAGUGAAUCUGAGCCACAUAAAUGUCAGAUCCAGAUUACCCGCUAUUCUGGAAUGAUCAGAUCUAGGCUUCACUUGAAUUCAAUGGUUGUGUCAUAAUUUUCAGGUUAAAAGGAUGUUUUACAAAAGCAACACCAUUAGUCUAAGUACUGUUGUCACCAAACUUCCCUCCCCCAAUUUCAGAACACUGGACCUGAAAGAAAUUAGAGAAAGAUGUGUCGAGUUAUAUAUUUGAUGACGGCACUUUUUGUGUAGUCAGAUUCACUGUUUCCCUGUGUAGCCAGCUAUUUUCCCCUCGUGGUUAAGAUUUUUCAUAAAGUGACAGAGGAAGGAAGCUCUGCUCCCCGCCCCCCCCCCCCCAAAAAAAGGAAAACUUGAUUGAUUGUAAAACAAAAACUGCCAGGGUGACUUGAGGAAGAUGAAGGAAGAGUUCAUGGCCCUUUAAUUUUUUUUUUUACUGAAUUUACCAAAACUGACACUGUGACAUUGAACAAUUUUUAAAUGUAUAUGUGAACCUCACUUUAUAACCGCAAAUACAUAAUUCCCUAGUGGUGUUUAAAAAAAACAAACAAACCUUGAAGCAAGUUUAAAAAAAAAAAAUCUGGAGAGCUUCUGAAGUAUUUUGUGGAGUCAGAGUGCCCUCUUGUGGUAGGAGCAGAUGAGUGCUGCCAUUCUAUUGGGCUAAAUGAUUGCUUUGAUCAUGCAGCCAUGCUUUCCAAAAAGUAAUAUGUGGAAAUUGAACCCCCAAAAGUCCAAAAUGCAGUUCAAUUGUACCAAAUUUACAAAUGUGAAAUGUUUUGUCUUGCUGUAUACUGCAACUUUAAUAAUAAUGAGCACUUCUGAGUUCGUUAUUGAGGUUUAUAUAAUGCCUGAAAAGCUUUCUUAAUCCCCAAAAGAAUUUUUCCAAAUUAACUUUUUAAAAAAAAAUUUAGCCUUAGCCACUUAAAGGCAGUUCCUAUUAAUUGGCUUAACCUUUAUGCCUUGCAAAAUGUGCAUUUAAUAUAAAUAUAUCUGACUGAUUGAUUUUGUUUGUAAAACCCAAUCUCAAUGCAAAAGACAUUAAAUAUAAACUACCUGGUAUUUUAACUGAUACUUAUUCAUAUGUAUUGAUUGCAAGUCGUCUUUUUUUUAAAAAAAAAAAAAAAAAAGUACCAUAGUUUGAAUUUUAGCAAGAAUUGGAUAACUAAAGGCCGAACUUUGCUCAUAGUUGAACUGGUGUAAAUGGAAUUGCUCCAUAUUUACACUGGUAUAACUAAAAUCAGAAUUUGGGCCUCAAAUGAUUCCUUCUAUAGCAAUGCUAUAGUUCUUGACGAAGGCAUUAUAUAAUUUGUUUUAAUCACUUUCAGAUCUUAGUGCAGCAUAUGUUAUUGUAAUAUAUAUUCAUUGCUUUCCUCAGUUAAAAAGAAAAAAGUUACUGCUUUUAUCAUUUAGGAGAAACACAAGGGAAUUUGGUAAAGCAUUCAUUAUUUUCAUGUUACUAGUAUUAACAGAGUAGAAUGUAUACUGUUUAAUUUUAGGCCUUUUUAGGCAGCUUUUUAAUAAUUUGUAUUUUGCUGUGUUGUAUCUUACUAAUGUUUUUAUUACAUUUUCCCCCCAAAUACUCUGCAUUCUCAAGAAAAAAAAUCCAAUGAGUGGAUAAGUGCAAUAUUCACAGAAUAAACAGGCCCCUCAUCCAGGACUUGGAGUGGAGCGCACAGUGUGAAACAUCUGUAAUUUUAAGUCAUGCACUCUUAAGAAAACUUUGGAAGAAUCGGAAAGGUGGGGGGUCAGUUGGAAGGAAAUACAACUCGGGUACAUAUGGAUUGUUGACUGUUGGGUUUUUUAUAGAAUGACUGUUUCAUAAGCAAAACACCUUUCAGCAAAAAUGCAGGGAUUAUACGUGCAUGUUGCAAGAGCCAUGGAUGGAAUAUGCAAGAGUGCCCUUAAUUAGGCAUGAUACCUGUAUUACCCUUUAAACACAUCCUUGUAUCAUAUAUGCCUGAUCUUUCUCUUUUUCCAGUAAUUUUUUUUUCAGCAAAUUCCCCAUGCUAAACUUCAGAAUUUAUGGUAAUUUGGAAAGGGAUAAAAUUUUUCAUGGUUUAGGCCUAGGUUCCAAUAGUCUCCUGUCCUUUGGGUUUAUUAAUAGGGCUGUGUGACUUGCAAAAAUUUCUUCUCCCUUCCUGUGAAAUUCCACAGUGGGAUUGUUGCAUUGAAACAGGAAAGUUCACAUUUUGAUUUCCUAUUCUGAUGUGCAAAAAUAAAAUCCGUUUGGACAAAUUAAUUUUUGGAUCUGAAAUUUUGACACGCUUUGUUUUUGAAAUUUCCAAUUCAAGUUUUCAAUCUGGGGGACUAUUUUGAGUGGCAAAUGAACUCAUUUUCACCCAAAAUAGCUCUAGUUUCAGAUAAACUGCAAAAUCUUUUAUCUUUGCAAAACUGGAUUAUUUUCACUAAAUUCAAAUGAAAUGCGAAAACCAGAGCUUGAGGCUCUCAGACUUCAGUGAACAUAUUUCAUGUUGUCCAGGUUAAUACGCUUGGGGGAAUUGCACUGCAGCUUAGUCUCUCCCUCCCCCCGUUCACUGUUGCCCUGCUAUUACUUACGCUCUUCUCAGAAGCUUGUCAUGUUGUAGGCGAGUCCUUUGCAUUUAAACCACAAAAUUUAGCUCAGCUGACCAACUCCUUCCAGAAUCCUGUAGGUAUCUUCUUUCAGGACAAGAACUAAGAGCUUAACUGAGUAACCUCAUUUCAGUUUAUGGGGAGAGCUCUUGAUUUUCCUCUCACACUUUCCGUACAUCAAGAGUAACUCCCAUGCAGUUACCCUAAAAUAAAACCAGUCUAACUAAGAGAGUCAGGCCCUGAGGAUGAAGACUUAAUGCAACUCAGCUGUUUUACUUUUUUGGUGGGAAUAUCUUCCCCAGAACUUCAAAGCAAAAUUAAGACUCUGAUUCAAAAGAAGUGCUAACAAGAUGACAUACAAUGAUCCCCUUCACAGGUGGUUGUAGUUAACACUUUAAGAUGGACUGAAGUUCUGCUGCUAGUGGCUGGUGUCCUGCGAACCACCUUUCCCCUUAGAAAUCCAGGCGACUGACUGACUGCUGGAGAAGGGGGUGCUGUAUAUAACUUUAGCAUUUAAUAGGUACGGAUUGGUUGACCUGAGAACAAACGUGUGUCUGUGUAAAUUAUUUUACAUUUUUGUUUUAGGUUUUUGGUGGCAGCAGAGAGAGAAACAAGGCAGAUGUUUGGAGAGCUUUGUCUUUUAAAUGUUUCAUGGCCCUAGCGUCCAUGUCGCAGUACCUGUGUUUUGUCUUUGUUGUCCAUCUAUACAUCUCAGUAUUUGUUUUAAUUAUAAUCUCCGGAUCAAGUACUGUACACUGGGCCUGAUCAUGAGUUCACUGGAGCUCACGGGAGUCUUUUCAUUGACUUCAGAAGGCUUGGGAUCAGGCCUACAGGUUGCUGUUUUUCCACCUCCUCAGACCCGACUUGUAACCAAAUGCCAAGACUUCUGUAGAAACAGGCGUCCAUAAUUGCUACAAAGUUAGAUCCCUCACUUUUUUUUGGAGGGCCUUAUGUAAAUUGUGUGUGUGUGUGUGUAUGCAUGUGUGUUGCAGUUGGGAAAUCGUUUUCACUAAUAUCCUCGCUAUAGGAGCCCAAGUUCUGCUGUUUUCUGGAGGAAAACUCCUGUUUGAAAUAAAAAGCCUGCCCAUUGGGUAUUUUCCCAUAGGGACUGUUGGGUCAGGCUGAACAUGGGCAUAGGCAGAAUAAAUUGGUCUCUUCCAUUUUAGAUUCACAGGGCUGGGCUGGUCCCACACAGGGUGUUCGUAGUUUGUUCUUGCAUUCAGGUAGCUUUAAUUCUAGUUGGAGAGUGCAAUUUAAAUAAACGGUUUUAAAGCUUCACACUGGCGUUUUACAGACCUGUCCUUUUGCAGCAUAAGCCACUGCUGUCCUGUGUUGAGUCUCCUGUUUGUUACUGAAUCAAAUCAAGGGUUGAUGGGGGGGUUGGGGUGGGGAGAGAAUAAGAAGAAUAAUUUGGUAAGAGACAAUAGAGGUAACUGGACAAUGGUAGUGGCGGGAAAAAGGGAGGUGAAAAAUAAAGAUAAAAUUUGAACCAGGGAUGUUUCUUCUUAAGGCCAUAAAUUAUUGGGUUUGACACUGCAGGUGCUUUCACUUUGUAUUUUUUUUUAAAUCUAUCACUGCUCUGGGUUAUACAGUAUGAUUUAUUAUUGUCCAAUGUUCAGUUUCACACAGCAUGAUAAAAUAUGACCUCUAUCCUGAAGUUCAUGAUCCGCUGAGGUAAGACAAACGUGUUCUGCAUUUGUUUUAAUCAAGGAGCCUUGUGCAUCUGGGAGAUCUAGAUAAUGUUGAGGUUCAUCAGAAGGUCAAAGCUGGCAAGACAGUCUAUUCCCAGAUCCAUUGAGAGCAGCCUUUAACCCAGCAGUCCCUUUUCGUACUGUUGUGAAAUAGACCUCUCUGCUAGUGAUGCUGCUGGGAAAUGUAUGAGGUUUUUAUACCUUGUACAUUGUGAUCUUGCCCUCCUGAUACAGGAGGAUUAGCUGGUUACAAAGGUAGCUGCUUCUCUUGUUCUCUUCUCCCCGUAUAAUUAGGGGUGUGGAAACCAGUUGGCAUUUGGGAAUCUUUCUGAAAUCUCUAGAACUUGCGCUUCUAAUAUUUACUUUUAAUUUUAGGUUCCCCCAGUUAUUUCAUCUGUAGCUGUAACCCCUUGACUUCUACAGAUCAGUGUAAUCUAAAAACUCCUAAGCACUUGGCAGCCUUCACUAUGCAAACAGUUAAAUUCUUAUUUGAAAAUUAUUCUUGUGCUGUUUCUGCGGUCAUCCAGGAAACGAACAGCAAGAACAAAUACCCAUGAGUCAGUUCAGAACUUGAACUUCAAAUGUGCCAAAUUAUGUUGUAACAUUCAAGUAGGGUCAAUUUCUUCCACUCUAGAAGCAGCCAUCUUCCUGAACCAAAAAACUCUAAUUGUCUCAUGAAUACAUCUUAAUAGGGGCAGUUGAAAAAGGAGAAUGAAAAACAAUAUAUAAAUACAAAGUGAAUGAUUGGUGGAACGAUUGAUUACCAAUGUUUUUUCUUAUUAAACGACAAAUCCAGAAAAGGACCAAGUUACUAAUUGUUUCCAUUCUCUAGGCAAUUUCUCAGUUUUAUGAGGUACUGGAUAAGCAUGCUAAAAAGGGGGGGAAAUUACUUGUGGUGAAUUUGGGUGUAAGGAGUAUUUUUGGAAGCAAGGUCUGUCUCUCACUGCACUUGCUUUUUUCUGUUCUGGGAAUCUGAAUUGAGAGUUACACGAUCCCUGGAUUGUGUACAGAGUAGCUGCAGUUUUGUUGGUUGUUUAUUCUGACUUGAUUAUCCAAGUGGUCAGUCAUUAAUUUCUUGUCACUCAUCAAAAUGCUCUCUCCUUAUUUUACAGUUGUUUAAUUGCAAACAGCAUCUGUUUGUUGCCAUAGAUGGCAGUGUUUUGAAGAGGAUUAAACCUAUAAUCCUUCCAUUCUCAGGACUUGAAAUUUCGUUUCUAGCUAAAUGAGUCUCACCAGCAAUGUGAUCGCCUACUUGUGUUGACUUUGAGAAUUAGGCCAGAAUUUUUUGACGUGGGUCCCUAAAUCCAUAUUUAGAUGUCUAAAUAAGUGGGCUUGUUUUCAGAAGUACUAAGCAGCCAACAUGCCCAUUAAAAUCAGUAGGAGCUGUGGGAGGUCAGUAGUUCUGAAAAUCAGAACUCUAAUUUUGGUGCCUAAGUGUCUUGAUAAAUCAGGGUCAUAAAGCACAUACUUAACUUUAAACAUGGGAGUGCUCCGAUCGACUUCAGUGUUGCCUAGGCAGGUGCUUAAGUUUGAGCGCUGACGUAUCCUGUUCAGUCCAGAUGUCCAUGUAGCGUUAGGCAUCCAAGUUUGAAAAUGUGAGCAAGUCUAAAAGUCCAAACACAGUGUGGGGCUCAGUUGUAAACACCAUGCUGUGGAUUUUGUCAGUGGCUUACGUUCUGAAUGUGACAAUAAUUAUUGGAGACUGCAGUGUACGGAUCUAGGUUUCCAUUGACUGAUGGGUGGGAAUGUAAUCAUCUGCGAGAGAGAGGCUUUGAGAGUAUGUUGGUGGCAAGAGAGAGAAAUGUGUGGCUGGUCCUGGUGUGUGAGGUAGAACUGAUUUAUUUAUUUUUUUGUAUGUGGAAACAGUUUUGUUUGGAAUUUUCUUGAAGCUGAUGUGGUUUCUGUUGCAGUAUAAAUGAAAGAGAAGAAUUGAGACUUUUAAAGAGAGGACGAAGGCGGGAGUUAAUUCAGCUUGUUUUGGGAGAGGUGAAGUAAAGCGAUGAUGGUAUUUACUGUUCAUUCCCAAGGGAGGAAGAAGCCGUUCCUCAAGAAAUAACGUUGGUCCAGAUUCACUGCUGGUCUGUAGUAGCAGAGUUUCACCUGCUGGUGAAUGCCUAUUAAGUAGAUAUUUGAUCUCUUAAUGCCACAUCUUGAUCCUAUGGAGUUGAUGGGUAUUUUGAUAUUGACGUUAGUGGAAUCAGCAGUUGCCCCAUAAUGUUCUGUAGCAGGGGUGGAGCUUGACCUAGAAGUGGUCAGUGCAGUGUUUUCUUUUCUUUUCUUUUGAUCGCUUGCUAGAGAUGGAACUGUUUGUGCAGCAGACCUGCUUCUGCAAUAGUGACUUGCCAGGUGGAAACCUUUUGCAACACUGUGUCCAUUAAAUUGAUUUCCCAACUGGUAAAUCAGUUGUGUGACUUAUAGAAAAUACCUCUGCCCCCGCUCCUCACCCCCCGACCCACAACACACACACACACAAAAUCCUGUGAUUAAAUGUACUUCACAGGUGGUGUCACCAUUUGCUAAUGAUGAUUUUUGAAAUGGUCACUGUGAAACACCCUCUCAGUCUCUCUGAAUUGACAGAAAAUUAAAAGCCUAUUUGAUCAGUCUUCAAGUCUGCCUUUUAAACACCUUGGUAUAGAGCACUGAGUUCUGAUCAGCAAAGACUAAUUUGUUUUACCUGCAAAGAACAAGGACUGCAUCCAAAGUGGAAAAUUGACUUUUAUUUUAUUUAUUUUUUAUUUUUUUUUUGCCAAAUAAAUGUUUCUCUUCCCUCUGUGGUUUAGUGCCGGCCAGUCAGCGAGCAUGCUUUAUCCAGUGUGAUAUUCAAAUGAGAAGUCAUUUAGUUGAUAUGGGUCCGAUUCUGAACAUAUGGCUCUCUGCCAGAUAACUCCCACUGAAGCGCAUAGUGAUAUUCUCAUUGUUUUGCUCUGGCUGCGAGCAAGGUGGCAAUAUCCCCGCCUCUCAUAAAACAUGAUGCUUGUAUAGUCUAUGCCCAUCAGGUGGCCUUGAUUUUUAGCCUUUAUUCUUCCUGGCUCACCCUAACUGUCUGAGAGCUGGCUUCCUCGUCAUUUCUUUACUGGAUAUGAUACAAAUCAGGCAUAUUAACUGUGAUUGAAACUAUGAGGUUCAAACAUUUUUGCAGCUUAGGCUACAGGAUUCAACCGUUCUUCAGGCAUGCAGCUGGCCUGUGUGGGACUAAGAGGUGCAGUAGAUGUAACAUUUGCCUCCUUUCUUGUAUCAGGUUUUUAAUUGUUACAGUCACAAAACAUCUUGCCAAGCUGUACUUGGCCAAUUCCUAUUGCAAUUCUUUUUGGAUAAGCAGUGUUCGUGUGUUCACUUUUCUAGCAGAGUGUCUUCAGGAACAGUCAAGUGAAAAUGUUUUAUUCAUUUAACAAUUAAAACUCUAGGUGCAUUAUCUAUUAAAUGAAGAAUAUAUAUAAGCCAUAUUAUCUGUCAAAGAUAGUCCAAAACAUGCCAGGUGGCAACUAUUGUGUAUGUGAACACACAUGCCAAAAAUUUCAGACUGGUCUUGUCUACGGUUAGAUUCCUAAGUCCAUAUUUAUAUGGAUAUCAGCUUGAUCUUUCAGAGGUGCAGAGCAGCUUCAGCUCCCAUUGAACAUGAGUUGUAAGUACUCAGAACCUUUUGAAAAUCAAGUUACUUCUAUUUAAGAGCCUAAAUAUAGGGCCAUCAGUCUGAAAACAUUUGUUUUGGUCAUGAUAAUCCUAAAAUAUGGCAGUCUGGCUUAUGGACCCAGAUUCCUCCAAGAAAUGUCAUAAAUCGAUAUGAUCAUGUCCUGUUCCAUGAUAGUGCCAUCUUUGGCAUCUGUGUAUUUGAUUUUAGUGGAAAGCCCCAAGCCAUGCAGCUCCAUAUUGUGUGUCUAUCAAGAGUGUCCAGUCAGGGUUUGGAAUAAAUAAUGCCUGAUACUUCAGACGGAGACAUUUGUUUAUCUGGGCUAAAUCUUCUGAAUUGCCCAAAGGAGCCAAACUGUGCUCCUUUUCCAGACUUCUGCCUCCCUCAUCUAGUAACCUGUGCUGUUAGGAGGGAUGGCAGGAUGCUGAUGGAAGGGGAAAACUGCACACACAAGCUGUUGUCCAGCCCUUUCUCAGCUAAAGUUUGGAGUGAUUUAGGCCAUCUGCAGUGUUUAGAGCAGAAUUAGGACUCGUGGAGAACAUUGGCAUGUCCUGUUGUACAAAGCUACAGACCCUUCCAAGGCUUUGCUUAUAUGGUCUUGACUGAUGAUUAUCGUAUGCGUGCACUGUUUCGUCUGAACAGCAGCCACCUCCACACCCGUGCAUGAUUAGCUGAGGCUUGUGAGGGACUUCCAAAGUUUUAGGGCUGUCUUUUCAGUUUUACUACAAGGUCUUGCAGUGUGAAACUACAAUAUUUAAUGUCUCAGGCAGAGAGGGCUUGCUAAGUAGACUGUACUUGUGGUCAUCUCCCAGUUCAUUGAUAGCUUGGACCAAAGGUGGUGCUAAAUAUCUUAAUAUUUGUUAUAUUUAUGUUGUCUUUAAGUAUUUUAUCACAAAGAUGCAGUGUCCUUUUUAAAGAAAUCUAGCCCUUGGUUUUAGGACCUUGCAAAAUCCCUGAGGAACUUUCAGGGGUCAGGGUUGUUGCUUAUUAAAAUUUGAGCAGGCUUUCUGUAUUUUGAGGGCCAGUGGGGGAAAGGAUGCUCUGUCUUCAAAUGCUUGCAGAUUGUAAGAUUUGAUUUUGUGAUGAUUUUUUUGUAUUUUGUUUACAUCUCCUCUUAUAUGCCCUAAGAACAAAAAUAAAGUUUUUUUGACCA